ACACCAUCAGAGAUAGCAUAGAGAUAUGAUGGAUUUUUCUCACUCUCUUAGCUUCUCACAUAUCCUCUAUCCUCAUAGUUAUUAGCUUCCCACCAACUUUGCAAGUUGCAUUCUACUUCAAACAUCGACUCAUCCAGCACCUUCUUUUUCUUCAGCAUAUUCUGCUAAUCUCUGUUGCUGAUAGUUGGCAGAGAAAUUAAUGAGUAAACCAUGCUGAAGCAAUCACCUAACAGAAAUCAGAGGACAAAAGGCUUCAAGGUAAAGCAAGGUUUGAAAAUAUUUACUUUGAUCGCUGUUGGCAUAUGGUUGCUUUACCAACUCAAACACUCGUAUGAUAAGAAGUCAAAUGAGGAAAGCUCUUUAAAAAUACUUGAAAAUCUGAAGGCCAGUAUUGAAACUAAAACACUCGGAAGAAAAGGGUCCCAACCAUGGACAAAUAAACCAUACGAAUUGAUGGAUGAUACAGAAGAAAACGAACACGAAAGGGUAAAGGAACAAAGCAGAGGAGUGGAAGAUUAUUUAGUUGGACUUGGACAUGAUAGAGAUAAAGUGGUGGAAGAGGAAGAAAAUGAGGAAGCAGAAGACUUGAUUGACGAAGAAGACAAGGAGAAGGAGGAGCCAAAUGAAGAAGAUGUUGAAGACAUAGGAAAACAUAUGGAAGAUAUGAGCGUAUUAGAAGAUCAAGGCCAUGAUGACGGUGAAAAAGACACACAAGCAACAAGUGAGGAACAUUACAAAGAACGUGGUGCAUCCAGGGUUGUCAUGCAGGUGACACAAAGUUUAGGUUCUGAAUUUGAAUUUGGAGGUUCAAGAAACGUAAAAGGGGAAAGGGUAGAAAAUUCAGAAAAGAGUGUUAAAGAAAAGCAGCUUAAGCAAAUCAUGGGUCCAAGCAGUGUCCACACCACUGAUUCAAGUCCUAAAGUGGUAGACCAUGUGCCAAUUGAACAUGGCUCGUUUCCAAAUGUCUUGUUUGAAAGGGAAUAAAUGAUGUACUUGAUUUUUGUGAUGGAUCAAAUUCUGAUUCGUUACUUAGGAUGAAGUUUAAUUGAACAACAAAGAGUAGCCAUAAUUCAACAUGGAUGCAUGUUAGAAGCUUUUGUUUCCUUGUAAAUGGCACGAUUGCAUGGGUGGGAAAAUAAAAGGUAAUAGUGGAAUUGACAAAGAGGAGAAUUUGGAAAAAAGUGCCUGGCGAGGACUUGCUGCCAACCAAGUAACUACUUUAGAAUAAUAUCAUGGA